GGAUACGACGCGGGCUGGCGGAGGCGUAGGGCGGGUUGAAGAGCGCCCUGAACAGGAGCUUGGCUGUGGCGCGCGACCGGACUCUUGUUCUUUUCCGGGGGUGCCAUGGCCAGCGUCCACGAGAGUCUCUACUUCAACCCCAUGAUGACCAAUGGGGUAGUGCACGCCAACGUGUUCGGUAUCAAGGACUGGGUGACGCCGUAUAAGAUCGCGGUGCUGGUGCUGCUGAACGAGAUGGGCCGCACGGGCGAGGGCGCCGUCAGCCUCAUGGAGCGGCGGAGACUCAAUCAGCUCCUCCUGCCGCUGCUGCAGGGCCCAGAUAUCACAUUGUCUAAGCUUUACAAGUUAAUUGAAGAAUCUUGUCCUCAGCUGGCAAAUUCAGUACAGAUCAGAAUCAAACUGAUGGCCGAAGGCGAAUUGAAGGAUAUGGAACAAUUUUUUGAUGACCUUUCAGAUUCUUUUUCUGGAACUGAACCAGAGGUUCACAAAACGAGUGUAGUAGGUUUGUUUCUGCGACACAUGAUCUUGGCCUACAGUAAGCUCUCUUUCAGUCAAGUGUUUAAACUGUACACUGCCCUUCAACAGUACUUCCAGAAUGGUGAGAAAAAGACGGUGGAGGAUGCUGAUAUGGAACUGGCCAGCAGAGAGGAGGGUGAAAGAAAAAUGGAAAAAGAAGAACUUGACGUAUCUAUAAGAGAAGAGGAGGUGUCUUGCAGUGGGCCUCUGUCCCAAAAACAAGCAGAAUUUUUUCUUUCUCAACAGGCUUCUUUGCUAAAGAAUGAUGAGACCAAAGCCCUCACUCCAGCUUCUUUGCAGAAAGAAUUGAACAACUUGUUGAAAUUUAAUCCUGAUUUUGCUGAAGCGCACUAUCUCAGCUACUUAAACAACCUCCGGGUCCAAGACGUUUUCAGUUCAACACACAGCCUCCUUCAUUAUUUUGACCGCCUGAUUCUUACCGGAGCCGAAAGCAAAAGUAACGGGGAAGAGGGUUAUGGCCGGAGCUUGAGAUACGCUGCUCUGAACCUGGCCGCCCUGCAUUGCCGCUUUGGCCACUAUCAACAGGCAGAGCUUGCCCUGCAGGAGGCAAUUAGGAUCGCACAGGAGUCCAACGAUCACGUGUGUCUCCAGCAUUGCUUGAGCUGGCUUUAUGUCCUGGGGCAGAAGAGAUCUGACAGCUAUGUUCUGCUAGAACAUUCUGUGAAGAAAGCUGUACAUUUUGGGUUACCGUACCUCGCCUCCCUGGGAAUACAGUCCCUAGUUCAGCAAAGAGCUUUUGCUGGGAAGACUGCGAACAAACUUAUGGAUGCCCUAAAGGACUCCGACCUGCUCCACUGGAAACACAGCCUGUCAGAGCUCAUUGAUAUCAGCAUCGCGCAGAAAACAGCCAUCUGGAGGCUCUACGGCCGUAGCACCAUGGCACUGCAGCAAGCCCAGAUGUUGCUGAGUAUGAACAGCUUGGAGGCGGUGAACGCAGGUGUGCAGCAGAACAACACGGAGUCCUUUGCCGUUGCACUCUGCCACCUCGCAGAGCUGCACGCAGAGCAGGGUUGUUUUGCUGCAGCUUCUGAGGUAUUAAAGCACUUGAAGGAGCGAUUCCCACCUAAUGGUCAGCAUGCCCAGUUAUGGAUGCUGUGUGAUCAGAAAAUACAAUUUGACAGGGCAAUGAAUGAUGGCAAAUACCAUUUGGCUGAUUCACUUGUUACAGGAAUCACAGCUCUUAAUAGCAUAGAGGGUGUGUAUAGAAAAGCAAUCGUACUACAAGCUCAGAACCAAAUGUCAGAGGCGCACAAGCUUUUACAGAAAUUGUUGAUUCAUUGUCAGAAAAUCAGGAACGCAGAAAUGGUGAUCAGUGUCCUGCUGUCUGUGGCCGAGCUCUCCUGGCGAUCUUCCUCCCCUACCAUCGCACUGCCCGUGCUCCUGCAGGCUCUGGCUCUCUCCAAAGAGUACCGGUUACAGCAUUUGGCCUCCGAAACAGUGCUGAACUUGGCUUUUGCCCAGGUUUGCCUGUUCUGGACAUUUCAUAUAAAUGGAAUCAUACAGUAUAUGGCCUUUGUGUCUAGCUUUUUCACUUGGCAACAUGUUGUGAGGGUUCAUUCACGUAGAUUGUGUCAGUUCUUCAUUCCUUUUGAUUGCUGAAUAAUAUUCUAUUGGAUGGAUAGAUUACAUUUUAUUUAUCCAUUCAUCAGUUGAUGGCAUUUGGGUUGUUUCUACCUUUUGUCUAUUAUGAAUAGUUCAACAUUCAUAUACAAGUUUUGUGUAGAUAUAUGGUUUCAUUUCUCUUGAGUAUACUUAAGGGUGGAAUUGCUAGGUCAUGUUUAACUUUUUAUGUUUUCCACUGUGGCUAUACCACUCAUAUUCUCACCAGCAAUGUGUGAGGGUCCCAUUUCCUUUAUAUCCUUGCAACUACUUGUUAUUUGCCAUUUUAUUAGUGUGAAGUUAUAUAUCAUUGUGGUUUUCAUUUGCAUUUCCGAAAUAAAUAAUGAUAUUGAGCAUCUUUUCAUGUGUGUAUCAGCCAUUCGUGUAUGUUCUUUGGAGAAAUGUCUAAGUCCUUUAUCCAUUUUUUAAAUCGGGUUGUCUUUUUAACUUCAGUUGUAAGCGUUUUUUUAAUAUUCUGGAUGUUAGACCCUUAUCAGAUAUAUGACUUGCAAAUAUUUUCUCUCAUUCUGUGGUUGUAUUUUUACUUUCUUGAUUGUGUCCUUUGACGCAUGAAAAUUUUUCAUUUUGAUGAAGUCCAGUUUACCCUUUUAAAAUUUUGUUUUAGCUUUUGGUAUCCUACUUAGGAAACUGUUGCCUAGUCCAAGGUCAUAAAGAUUUACCCCUAUUUUUCCUUAUAAGGAUUGUAUAGUUUUAGCUCUUACAUUUAGAUCUUUAAUCCAUUUUGAGUUAAUUUUUGUAUGUAGCAUGAGGUAGGAGUCCACCUUCACUCUUUUGCAUAUGGGUAUUCAAUUGCUCUAGCACCAUUUAUUGAAGACCAUUGCAUAGUUUUGGCACCCUUGUUGAAAAUCAGUUAAUCAUGGAUGUAUAGGUUUAUUUGUGGACUCUUGGUUCUAUUCCAUUGAGCUAUUUAUUUGUCCUUAUGCCAGUACCACACUAUUUUGAUUAUUUGAAGUUUGUUUGCAGUCAGGAAGUUAGAGUCCUCCAGCUUGUUCUUUUUCAAAAUUGUUUUACCUAUCAAUGUUCUCUUCCGAUUUCAUAUGAUUUUUAGAAUCAGCUUGUCCUUUUCAGCAAACAUGGUAUUCAGAACUUGGUUUUUUUUGUUUGUUUGUUUUUUGCUUUUUAGGGCCACACCUACAGAAUAUGGAAAUU